AAGGAAGUCUCUGCCGGGCAGAAGAUACAGAAAAGUGUGUUCGUGCAAAAUUUGUGGCCACUGGAGUUGUGGAGCAGCUAAUCAUUGAGGUACGGGAGAGAGUUGGUGGUGCACGUGAGAGGAUAAAAUUAGUGGGUGACGCGCGGGAUGGCAUGUUCGAGAAGAAUUCCCGGAGAAAAUGACUUGUAGAUUUGUUUCUAUAUAUAAACGAAAUCAGCUCCCCCGAAGCUCCACAGUAUUGCCGGUGUUCUCCACACACAAAUGUGAUUUACAUUUGAUUGCGCAAUUUGCUCUCCAUCGUGCCCGAGCUCGGCACACAGAAAGAUAAAACAUUCUCCACCAGAGCAUUGCUUCGUGGACAUCGUCUCGCCGCGGUUUGCCUCCGUGUAGAGAAACUUUUCCAACAUUAAUUGCCCAAUUUUCCACAUCACGUCCACCUUUCAGGGACAAACGACUCUAUACUCUCGUGCCCCCAAGAGAGAUAUCUCUGACCGUGUCUGUGAAAUACCCAAUUACAGUGAUACUCCAACAAAAUAAAGUGCUCCGUAUAGAGUGCCUAGACCAGGACACUUCCCUCCUGUUUCAGUGAAAAUCUUCAGAGAUUUGUUUUUCUUCCACUUGGUUGGAUUUUGCAAUCAACAAAAGACGAGUAGGAAGUGAUUGACAGUGGCUUGUAAAUCAUCCAAGAGGGAUUUUGCGUCGCAAUUGUGGUUAUUCGUUGUAAAAAUAAAUGGGUCUUUUAGCUGAAGGCAGCCCACUCAGCUGGGAGGAAACGAAGAAGUUGGCCGACCACGUGCGAAAGCAUGGCAUUGAGCAAUUCAUUCAUCUCUACGCACGCCUGCGGGAUCGCCAGGGGGAUGUACUAAAGUGGGGUGAUGAAAUUGAGUAUAUUCUCGUGAAGUUUGACGAUGAGAAGAAGACAGCAAGGGUAUCUCUGCGUGCCAAGGAAAUUCUGGCACUUCUCAAUGAGAAGGAACAAGCCGAUCCGGAGGGUGUAAAAUCCCUCUGGCGACCCGAAUAUGGGGCCUACAUGAUUGAGGGUACACCUGGGAAGCCAUAUGGGGGUCUCUUGGCACAUUUUAAUGUUGUCGAAGCAAAUAUGCGCUACAGACGGAUGGAAUUGUCGAGUUUGGUACCUCCCGGUGAGACUGUUCUCUCAGUCACAAAUUUUCCCAGGCUGGGUUGUGGUGUCUUCACAUACCCAGAAGCUCACCCAACACCCGAUGAUGAGAACUCCGCAGCUAGAUCACUGUAUUUUCCUGAUGAAGGAACCUACGAUGGGCAUCCGAGAUUUAAAUCACUAACACGAAAUAUCCGCAUGAGACGCGGCGAGAAGGUGGCCAUAAAGUUGAAGGUGUUCAAGGAUGAGAAUACAAAACUUCCCGUCGAGGGUAGCCCACCUGGGGAGCCGGAUGUCGUUCUAAUGGAUGCCAUGGGCUUCGGGAUGGGCUGCUGUUGCCUCCAGUUGACUUUCCAGGCGUGCAAUAUCACCGAAGCUCGCACCUUGUACGACCAGCUAACCCCAUUGUGCCCCAUUAUGUUGGCCCUGAGUGCUGCUUCACCCGUCUACCGGGGAUUCCUCACAGAGUCCGAUUGUCGGUGGAAUGUGAUUAGCGCCUCUGUGGAUUGCCGGACAGCGGAGGAACGCGGUGAGAAGCCACUCAAAGAGGGACAAUUUCGAAUCUACAAAUCUCGCUAUGAUUCCAUCGAUUCGUACCUGUCGCCAGCUGGUGAAAAAUACAAUGACGUGCCUUUGGUUUACGACGAAGCGAUCUACCAACGACUACGCGAGGGUGAUAUUGACCAUUUGCUGGCCCAGCACAUUGCUCAUCUAUUUAUACGGGACACCGUGUCAAUGUUCAGUGAGAUGAUCCAUCAGAAUGAUGAGGAGGACACGAAUCACUUUGAGAAUAUCCAAUCGACAAAUUGGCAGACGAUGCGCUUUAAGCCCCCACCGCCGAAUUCAUCAAUUGGUUGGCGCGUUGAAUUUCGUCCUUGUGAGCUACAGUUGACGGAGUUUGAGAAUGCAGCCAUUGUGUGCUUCGUGGUGCUCCUCACGCGUGUCAUUCUGUCCUACAAGCUGGACUUUCUCAUUCCAAUCAGUAAAGUCGAUGAGAACAUGCAGAAGGCACAGAAGCGCAAUGCCUGUCGCGAGGAGACCUUCUGGUUCAAAAAGCACGUCACGGGGCAGAUGAAGAAUGGAGAGACCGUCGUGGAGAAUGGUGUGACGGACAUUGAGGAUGAAUAUGAGCUGAUGACAAUCGAUCAAAUUAUCAAUGGGAAGCCUGACUCAUUCCCGGGACUCGUGCCACUAAUCCACAGCUACUUGGGCUCAAUGGAUGUGGAUGCAGAUACUCACUGUACCAUUCAGCAGUACUUAAAACUCAUACAGAAACGAGCAUCAGGUGAAUUGCUCACAACAGCAUCGUGGAUCCGACAGCAGGUUAUCAAUCAUCCGGAUUAUAAAAAAGAUUCCGUUGUGAGCGAGAGGAUAAAUUAUGAUUUAUUGAAGAUGUGCAAAGAGAUUCAGGACGAUGAGAGGCAGUGUCCGGAAUUGCUGGGACAGGGGAACAAUUCGAAAACGAAAGAUAACAUUCCGCAAGCCAUACAGAAGCACCUGACCAUUGCAAAUGCCUGUACUUAAUGGCAUAACUUAUUUUAUUUCAAUGUACUUUAGCGGGGCUCAAUAGUCUGACAAAGUAUGCUAAAUCUACCUUAUAUGAAAAAAAAAUGUAUUGAUUUCAUCAUCAUCCCUCCCCCCCUCACACACAUGCUGGACGUUGAAAACACAAAAAAGAAUUAUGAGUCCAAUGUUGCCUUUUUCCAGUAACUCCCCUCACCAUUCACCGGUGAGGAAAUUAAAUUGUUUUUAAUGUUUUAUUUUAAAACAAUUUAACGCACACUCACAUAAACUUUUACAUCCCGCGUGUAAUUAAUGUUGAUGAAGAAGAAAAAAAACUUAAAUUACCUGUUUCGUUUGGCGAAUGGAUUAAAAAUAAAUCUGUUGCAAUUUUAUGUGGCAAAUUACAGCGAAUGAUUUUUUUUUGUAUAAGAAAAGAAUUUUUUUUAAAGAGAAUGUGAUACGGGUAAUUGUUAUUUUUUUAUACACUCCUAUCAUUGUUUUUUUUUUUUGGUAGAAGAAGAAAAUGCUUAAUUUUAAUGCAUAUUCUCUCGGUGUAAUUCAAUAAGUUUCUUUUUUGCAUUUAAAGUGUAGUCCCACUGAAAAACCUCCAUCAUUCCUUUAUUAAAAAAAAAUAUGAUUCACAGCUAGAAGCGCAAAGAGAUUUUAUCGUGAGAUUUUGUGGUUUUUCAGUGCAAUUUUCCCAAAAAGAAAAAAUAUUUACAAAUUAAUACACCCACAUUAAUCAAAUCUU